AUGCUGUGGUUCCCGGUGAAGAAGAUCCGGAAGCAGUUCAAGCUGCUGCUGCUGCUGGUGCUGCUCACCUUCGCCGUGUGGUUCACCUACCUGCACAUCAGCCUGGUGCGCCAAGGCAAGGCGCUUCGCCUGCACUUCGCCUAUGGCAGGGAUGGUGAGCGACUGGGUGAGGUAACAGACCCUGGAAGGCGAGCAGUGGGGGCGCAUGCAUCCUCUCCUCAGAGGAAGACCGAGGACUCCAGCGAGAGCCGGGAGGACGAGCAGAUGGUAGAAGAGCAGGGGGUUAAUGGGUGGUUUUCAAAACUACGUGGCCUUGACAGAGCUGCAAGACCCCCCAAACCAAACAUAACCCGAUAUGUUCUGCCGUGGAAUGAACAGUACAAAGGGAAAGCAAACCUGCACGUAUUUGAGGACUGGUGUGGAGGAGCUGUGGGAGAUCUAAGAGAGAAUCUGCAUUUCCCCCUCUACCCUCAUACUCGCACAACAGUGAAGAAGUUGGCCGUGUCACCCAAGUGGAAAAAUUACGGGCUACGUAUAUUUGGGUACAUUCAUCCUUUCAAAGAUGGGGACUUCCAGUUUUCAGUAGCUUCGGAUGAUAACUCUGAAUUUUGGCUAAGCUCUGAUGAGGCUCCAGCCAAUGCACGUCUGGUAGCCUUUGUGGGCAAGCUGGGCUCUGAGUGGACUGCCCCAGGAGAAUUCACCAAAUUCAGCUCGCAAGUCUCCAAGCCAGUCCGUGUCCUUUCCUCCAGGCGCUAUUACUUUGAGCUCCUCCAUAAGCAGGAUGACCGUGGAUCAGACCAUGUAGAAGUUGGUUGGCGGGUUUUCCUUCCCAACUUCAAGUUUGAGGUGGUUGACUCUCCCUACAUCUCACUCUACACAGAUGAAUCCAGUCUGAAAAUGAAUGAGGUGGACCAUGUGCCUCAGUCCCUCGCCAGCCACACGGGCAGCUACCUCUGGGGUGUACAGAGACAUGAGCACAGAGCAGAUAUGCUGAAGCCUGACCCUCGGGAUAUUUUCUUCCUUACUCCUCAGAUUGAGCCAUCCCAUGUGGAGAAUGUGUUGGUGCCCUGUGCUUACAGCCCCACAUACGUGGUGAAGGACUUCCCUAUCGCCCGCUAUCAGGGCCUGCAAUUCGUCUACCUCUCAUUUGUUUACCCCAAUGAUUUCACCCGGCUCACACACAUGGAGACGGAGAACAAAUGCUUCUACAGAGAGUCCCCGCUCUACCUGGAAAAAUUUGGCUUUUACAAAUACAUGAAGAUGGAUGAAGAGGAGGAGGAUCCACACCAGAGAGCCUUUCUCUUCCUGAAUCCCGAGAAUUUUCUUGAAGAGGAGGAGGAAGGAGCUGACAGCCCUGAGCCCACCAACCCUCUCCCUGAUGCCAAGGACAAGAGCCCCAGUGUGCCGGAUCCACGUGUGUUCCCCGGGGCAAAGCGGAAGCAGAGGCCCUUGACGACGCAGGAGUAUGGGAACAACAUGGACUACAAUGCCUUCCACCAGAAACGAAAGAGGUUUAAAGGAGGAGGAGCCUUGGCAGGGCAGCCUGUCCCCACGGGCAUGAACAGCGGGCCUAGCCUGAGCCCUGUGGCUCCAUCCAAGGCUUUCCAAGCCUAUGGGAACGCGGCCCCUCUUGGAGAACAGACUGUGGUCCAUGGGCGGUCCCUUAGCUGGGCACAAAAUGAGGAGGAUGAGGAGAAGGGAAGGAAGGAGGGCGAGCUGGGGCUGCUGUCACCUUCAAAGCGGGGCAGCUCCCUCGGUCUUCAGCCCCACCUCUCUGUGCCCUUCUUUGCUGGAAAGACCAGACAGCAGGCUCUGAAAGAGGAAAAGCAGCCCAAGAAGGAGGCCAAGAAACCCCCAGAGAAAGUGUACGUCACUCGGCUGCAGCCCAGCAAGAAGAAGGCCGCACCACAAAAGGACGUGUUCCCUGGAGUCUUCCUCUAUCCCAGGCCACCAAGGAAAGUGCACUUGAACUCCCGAAUCCUUCAGCGGCACCCCACUCCCUUCAACAAACCCCAUGCUGUCCCUGGUCAUAGGACAGCAUGGCUCACAGGCAAUGCCUCCAGGGAAACAGAGACUUUUAAGAGGAAAAUCCAGCGGGCCAGCCGGAAAUGGGAUCAGCUGCACAGUCGAGAGACCGCAAAAGGUAGGAGCAAGCAGAGGAUGCAUCCCAGUGCCCCAGCACUGCCUGAGGAAGGGCUGUUUAGCAAGGAGACCUUUGAGGUCACCACCCCAGCAAGGACUACCCUAGACUACAAUUCCUCGGAGGUGGUGCUCUCUGAAGGCAUGCGAGUGACGUCCUUCCUGCAGAUGUCAGAAAUGACAGAAUCUCAGCAGGAGGAGGUUGAAGGCCCAGAGAAGGUCCAGGAGGAGGAGAUGGAGGAAGAGUUGUCUGACUAUAGUUAUGAGAACUCUGAGCUGCAGCAGAGCUGGCUAGAGGACUCCAUCAACUGGCAAAGGACGUUCAGCGUCAGCCCCGUGGACUUUGAGCUGCUGCGCUCGGACUGGAACGACCUGCGGUGCAACGUCUCAGGAAACCUGCAGUUGAGCGAGAGUGAAGUAGUAGAUGUGGUGGCCCAGUAUAUGGAGAAACUCAACGAGAAGAAUGGCGGCAUCUACACCCUCCUACGGAUCAUCAAUGUGGAGAAGCGGCGUGACACAGGUCGAGGCAACCGGUACCUGAUGGAACUGGAGCUGAUGGAGAGAGGCCAGAGGACUGUCCGUCUCUCCGAGUACAUCUAUGUCCUGCUGCACCAGGGCAAGUCCGAGGACAGCACUGAAGUCAACCCAGAGGGGCCUGCAACCGUUUCCAAUGAAUCUCAGCCACCACCUAGUGCCUGGAGUCUGCUGUAUGGAAAGCCCAUCCUGUGCCGGCCUUUGCGGCUCAGCUGGAGGCACGAUGUUAUGGUGCAUUUUGUGGUGCCAGUGAAGAACCAAGCCCGCUGGGUGCAGCAGUUCAUCUCAGACAUGGCCAGCCUGUACCUGAACACCAAGGAUGCCAACUUCAACGUCAUCCUGGUGGACUUCGAUAGUGAUGACAUGGAUGUGGAGAAGGCGCUUCAGGAGGCUCGCCUGCCAAGGUUCCAGUACUUGAGGCGCACUGGGAACUUUGAGCGCUCGGCAGGACUGCAGGCAGGUGUGGACUCCAUAGAGGAUGGCAGCACUAUCCUGUUCCUGUGUGACCUGCACAUCCAUUUCCCGCUCAACAUCCUCGACAGCAUCCGGAAGCACUGCGUGGAAGGGAAGCUGGCCUAUGCACCCAUCGUCAUGAGGCUGGGCUGCGGGAGCUCUCCUCAGGAACCCAACGGCUACUGGGAGGUGAAUGGCUUCGGUCUCUUUGGGAUCUACAAGUCUGACUUUGAUCGCAUUGGAGGAAUGAAUACAGAAGAGUUCCGGGACCGCUGGGGUGGAGAGGACUGGGAGCUGCUGGACAGGGUGCUUCAGAGCGGGCUGGAGGUGGAACGCUUGCGACUCAGGAACUUUUACCAUUACUACCAUUCCAAGCGUGGCAUGUGGAAUUCACGCAACAAGAAGACACCCAAAGACUAA